ACGAAACUCGGCGGAAACAUUUUGUUGCCUGAUAAUGACAGGCAGAACAACCAACUCGACCUUUAAAAUACGUCAUAAACGAAUCAAAUAUGGCGACGAACACGAAGUGGAAAGGAACUUAAUCGCUUCCACAUAGUUAACGACUACCUGCACUUUUCUAUUUUCUACCUGGUUUGCUGGUGAAGUCGAACUUCGAGCGUAUGUUAUGCGUUCAAUACGCCGCUUGAAAACCUACUGAAUUGAAAGUGGCGAUGAGUUGGACCUUCAAGUUCUGUCUCUAUCUCUAAAAUCCGUCGACUGCAGUUCCAAUGCGCCAAAAAGAUCGUCCUGCAGCGGAUCUCAUCGGAACAAAUCGUUGACGUUUGAUGCGCGCUUGUUCACCGCACAGCCCGUCCAGCACAGUAAUCCGAAGUGAGCGAAAGGUAUACUUUGUCAAGGAAUCUACGAAGUCAAGCAUUAAGGAAAAGUAUUAGAGCCAUUAUGCUUGCUUUAGACAAUUUAUAGCUAGCGGAUAUUAUUCAAGUUGGCAGCGGUCUGAUUAGUGAAUAAUUUUGAGCUCAUACGAGUGAAAUGUGUUACCAAGUGGCGGUGUAUAAAGUGCAUUGUUAGACACGCAAUUUUUGAUGCGGAUUGGACUAUUACACCCUCCAUACAUAGAUACGAGAAGAUACACAUCAAAUAGCAAGUACUUCAAACUGCUAACCGCCACGUAAAUUACAAAUCACCAAACUUCUGAAGAAGUUGAAGUAGAAAUGGAGGAUUCAGAUUACGAAACAAAAUUGGAUUCUCUCCGACGGUACAUUCCAUUUCUGAAAAAUAUGAUGAUAGAGUUGGAAGCAAAAGGAAAUCGGCAAGCUCAAUUGACAAAAAUAAAAUCUUUACAUGACAUGAUAACUGAUACGAGAAAAAAACUAAAACUUGAAACUCUUAUUAGAUGUGAACAAGUAUUAACGAAUAUUUAUCAUAAAGUGAAUCCUCAAAUAAAAUCAUCAAGACCUAUCGAUAGUACGAAAGAGUGUGCUAGUACUUCUAAAGGUCCAUCAAGAUGUGAUAGCUCAACAUUUAACAGAGUUUCGUUUACUAGUAGUCCUUCCUCUACUCCACGAAGCCCAAGUCCAGUUAGAAAUAUUGUACUAAAUAAGCCUGUUACUAUUCCUACAGAAAAAGUUGAGACGUCAGCAGUUAGGUCUAGCUUGCACGCUCGAUCAAAUGAAAGUAGACCGAAAGUCGACGUUUACAGCAACGUUGUAAUACAGAAACCUUCUGAUGUUUUACAAAAACUUCCGGAUAUGUCAAAACCCCCAAUAAGUUUAGACGAUCUCAAAACUUUAGAAGACGACGUUCAUCAUAAAAUCUCGUCCGCGGCGUUUGCUAAUAAAACAGUUUUCGAAUUGCAAGAGUAUAGAAAGCAACUUCAAUUGCAACUUAAAGUCGACGAGUUGAAUGAGGCUCUAGGUCUAGAUAUUGCUGUUGAAAAUGAUUUUAUAAAUCCAACUGCUCGUAAUGCGCAUACUCCAUCAAACAGGCUGGCGUACAGUGAUGACAAGACACGCCGAUCUCGCAAGUCGAAAGAAUCAAAAAGUUCUUCCCAUUCGCCAAAAGAAACAAAGCCAUCACUGUGCGCUGAAAAGGCAGCCGCAUGCACAAAGCUGGACACUUCUUCCAAUCGACCUUCAAUUAAUGUUGUUUUAAGUAGCUUGGAAAGCGAGAAAAAUACAGCAAAAGAAACGGAUACCUUUGGAAAUUUGUUAUCCAGUAUCGAUGAUAAGAUCAUAAAAGACACGAAGAAAACUAAAAAAGCUGAGAGAAGAUCAUCCGUUACCCAUUCGAAAGAGGCGACUUCGGCGUCUGUAGUUUCAGAUAAGGGAAUAGAGAAAACAGUUGCCGGGGAGAAUAAAGUAGACUCUAAAGGCAAAAACGAUAAAGAAUUAGAGAUCACUCGACCUUCACAAAAGAACGAUGGCAUCAAGGUUAUAUCAAAAACAGCUACAGACGAUAAAUUUUCGCGCGACAAGACUUUACCACUGAGUCUGAACGAACUGAAAUGCGCCAAAGGGGAAAGUGAAAAUUGCGAAACUCAGGGAAAGGUGUUCGAGAAAAAUCUUAUUGUCGAUAAAGAAAAGGGUGCUUCUAAUUCGGACUUUAAGCAUCACUCUAGUAUGGCUAAUAAAAUUUCGAAUCAUGGAUUAGUAACAAAUACAAAUUUUGAAAAGAUGACAAGACCCACGUUUAAACGUUUGGCUGACAAAUAUAAUCCGAAGCCGAAACCAAAACCAGUUGAAACCGAUCUUCUAGAUAUCGACAAAGUGGUUUCUGAGGAUAUUGAGAAGUCGAUGAAGACCUCUUCUGUUAAAUCAAUUAUUCCUGCGUUUGAGCAGGCGAGAGCUCCAACUACUGAUAAUUCAACAUUUUUAAUUCAGACACCUCAUGGGGGACCUUCGAGCUGUGUUGAUCCAAAAGAUAAUAAACCUGUACAGCUCCCUAGGAUUCUGCAGAAUAUUUUCACUCCUUUACAUAAAGAUAACUGUCAAUUACCUCAACUAUCAUUUCAGUCGCCUCCGCGUGCUUCAGUACAUCAACAUAAUAAUUCUGGUGUUAUGAAACCAAAUACUUUGCUAUCGCCUCAGCAGUCAAUUUUGUCUCCUACACAUAGACCAAUUUUAUUUCAACCCCCAGGAAGUGAGCAUAGUCUUGGACAAAUUGUUUCCAAUAUGGUCGAUCAGAGUCCGAGUGCCCCAAUAAGAAGACCGUCAGUGUCAUACUCAGAUUGCCCAUCGUCGCUUUUGUCAACACUUGGAUCUGGAGUUUUACCACAACCUUCUUUUCCAUCUACAGUUCUGCCUGGAGUAUUUACUGAACACGGAGUAAAUAUCAGCCUGAGCACGCCUCGUGUCGAUUUUGAUGCACCAUGUACCCCUAGAGCUAAUUUUGAUCUACCACUCUCUGAAGGUACAUGUCUAAACACAGACCAAUAUAGUAUUGAUCAGCGAUUCGAUUCCUCACAUUUGAAUCCCACCUAUCCAAACAUGGAUCAAUAUAGUUUGAAUCAACGAUUUGAUUCUUCACAUAUGGAACAUCCGCAAUAUAUGAACCCAAGUCAGUAUCCUCUUAAUCAACGUUUUAUUCCUCCUAUGACCGACCAUAACAUGCAGGGUUAUGAUACCACUAGCAAUUUUGCUCGACAAAGUUCUUUUAAUAAGCAGGGAGGAUUUUACGGUAGUAGCCAAGUUGCUCCGGUUAAAUUUGAACCAAUGAAUUAUACGUCGGAACAAAAUUAUCAGCAGGAGAGAUUCCGAUGGUUUAGGGACAAGCGGCUUAACGAUCCUAGAAGUUAUAGAGAAUAUAAAGCAAUAAAGGAGCGACAAGAGAGGGAAGCUAAAGCUGUAGAAGAUAGACAAAAAGAUAUUACAUUGCAGAAGCAGAAUGCUACCAGGGAUCCACGAUUACUCACUAGAGGGUUGAAUACGGAGUCGAAUUGUACAGAUAAAUCGGAAAUCUUAGUCAAAGACCCACGUUUAUCUGCAGGAAAGGAAAAAAGCGCAGAUCGUACAUUGCAUAAUAAGGACGAUUCUUCGGAGUCUAACGACUUCACAAAUUUAGACGAAAAACGUAACAAAAAUCGCAACAGAAUAUCUAAAGACCUCGACGGCAAAGUAAUAACUAAAGAAUUACCAGUUAAAAGUAAUUGCUGUUCAAAAGAACAAACAAAACUGAAAACCAAUAAAUUUGAUGAAAUGUAUUCGAACAGAAGUGCUUCCAAGACACGUGCUAAAUCUUCUGACAGGAAAACUUUAAAUCAGGGUAAGGAAGAAUCUUUUUCUUCACCCUUAGAAAGUUUAUAUAGUUGUGGCGAGAAUAGAAAUACUAACGAAGUUUUUGGGUUCAAAACGUUUAGAAUACCUAGGAAAUCGAAGCGUGAUCCUGAACUGGAGACAACUUUCAUCGAUAGAGACAAAAGGAGUUGUAGUAGGAGUCGUAGAAGACGAGUAAUAGAAUUAAGUGAAUCAGAUGAAAGCGAUGAGAAUAUGAGCACUGCUACCGAGCCAAUUCAAGGUACAGAUCCAAUUCAAAAUAAAAAUCUUGAAGAAUUGCAUUCUAAUGAAGAUAUAGGUAGUAAAGUAAAUUCAGAUGUGAAAAAUGCUGCGUUCAUUCCUACUGAAAAUGAAAAUGAAAAUGCAUUGAACAAGUUGAAAAUAAACCUGACCAGAAUUAAAGUAGUUAUUAAUUCUGAUAAAGAAAAUGUGAAAGAUAUUUGGCAAAGUUCUUCUACAGCAAGCGCAGCUUCAGCAGUCGAUGAUUUUGUUAGUGAAUACGAUAUAGAAUUUCGAAGUUCUUUAUUAGAACAAAAAACAGAUGCAUCUCAAAAAGCCGAUGGUCAAAUAACCCAGUCAAGUUUACCCAUGGAAGAUAAAGAAAUAAGUAUAUCGGCGGUUGAAGGUGCCGCUGCUUCUGACAGUAUAAACAAAUCAGCGGAAAAUGUCGAGAUCUCUAAUGACCGCAGUUCGGAUAACAGCGCGACGUCGCAGAGGACAACACAUCAAAAUGUGCCACCCUCAGAACAAAAUAUAUUGGCUCAUUUCUUCGAAAAUCUUUUGAAAAGUCACAAUAAAAAAGAUAAAAAAACAGCACUUUUUUCACUUAUAGAAACAUUUUCGGACAGUUUUGAGGAUCGAGAAAUUCAGAAAAUUCGGAAAAUCAUUAAUGCUGAUGGCAAUGGAGAUGAUGAUAAAAAAGAAACAGGCGUUACAAUUAAUAAAGAAUAUCCACAGGAGAUUGUUGGUUCCUCUACAGACGCUUUGCCUGAAGAACACAAAUUAAUUGAAAAUAUUCCAGUAAGUGAAGUUACUAACACGAACGAAAAUAAAAUACCCUUUCAAUCACAAGAAGAAGACGGUGGCGAUUGUGAUCAAGUAGCAAACGUAAAUUUGGAUGCUGCUUUUCUAGAGCCAAUUCAAAUGUCUGUUGGUGAGCGGAUUAAGAGCCGUAAACGUGUGGUCACAAAACCAAAGAAAAAAUUUAAGUCGGAAUUAGACUUUUUACAUGAAGAUAUUCAAGAUAUGUUUAUCAGAGACGGAGUGCUCACUGCUACCGGAAAGCGGAUGUGUCGCAUGUUGAAAGACGACCCAAAUGCCCUUGAUACUACUAAAGUACAAAAAAGUCCAGAAAUCGAGCCGGUUGCUAAACCCCGAAGGAAACCUAUGCCGAAAUCUAAAUUAAAAGAGCUAGAAUUACAAGAAAAAUCAAUGAAAGAUAUGCGAGUUGUAAUUAACAAGAUACCUGAUGACAUUUUAAGUUCGAACAGAUCUUCUGCACAGCUGAAACGACAUACUAGAAAGUAUGUUGAAUCGGAAGAUGAGCUGAGUGACCAGAAAUCAGAAAGUAGUCAGGAGAAAGACUCAUUUCUCGAAAGCGUUGAAGCUCUCUCGGAAAAGUCCGAUGUUGAAGUAGAAUCAGGUAAUGAUUCUGAAGGCGAGAUAACAACUCGAUUUUCACCAAAAACAAAAACGAAACGACGUAAGACACCUAAGUGGGCUGCUGGCGUAAUCUCUAAAAAUAAAAAGAAGAAAACUCAACAAAAACUUAGCAGUCCAAAUAGAACACAGUCUCCUAUUUCUUCCUAUGCAAGCGAUGUGCCUACUGACGACGAGGAACUGGAAAAUGAUAGACCUGAGCAUGAUAAAAAUUAUUUUGCCGAUUUUAAAACCAAGCAGAAGUUAUAUUGUAAAUUAUGCAAUUACAAGGGGUUAAUGAUGACCAUUCAUUACCUAAAAGAACAUCCAGAGUCUGAAGUGCUUUCUUCUAGAUUUCCUCCUGAUAUUGCUGAACAAGCCAUUAAAGAUUUUGCCGAAAAUGGAAACAUGUUAGAGGAAAUAACGAAUGUCAAAUUGAAAACAAAAUAUGAAUAUUCAUGUAGAUUAUGUGGAUAUGCAAGUUCAAUUGCACCAAUUACUUUUUACGAACACGUGACCGUACACACGGGAGAGUAUCGUCACAAAUGUGUUACCUGUAAUUAUGUAACUGCUAGUAGCAGAGCAAUCAAGAGCCACUUUCUUGGUAACCAUAAGGGAGAAGAAACUACAUGCAUAAAAAUAAAUUAUUCAUUGGCCAUUAUUUUUGUUUACAUGUGCGGAGAAUGUAACUAUUUUCAAAUUGAAGAAAAAUGCAUUCAGAGCCAUAUUAAUAAAUAUCACUUGGAAAGUAAGCCAACAAUUUAUAAAAUCAAUAUGUCCACGGUGAUAGAUGAACGACUAUUGAGAAGGAAUUCCAAAUGUAUUGGGGAACAUGAUAAUUCACAACUGAUGGUUUUGCAAGGAGAACAAGAUAAUUCAAUUAAAGUGCCAAAGCCAACUGAUCCACCCAUACUUAAAAAGCCAGUCUCUAAGCUUAGAAAACGACCCGGCCCUAAAUCAAAAACAUUUGGAUAUGUUGAAAAUGAACAAUGCAAUAUUCUCAGUGACAAUGAAAAUACACCGCUCGCACAAUUGCGUUCAAACCCUCAAGCAUCAGAACUUGCAAAAAGUGGAGAAGAUCGGUCCAAUAGAGAUAAUUUGGUAGGGGCAGAUAAUGUCAGCAAUAAAUCAAAGUCACUGACAACUGCUCCACCAAGUGACAAUUCUCUAAAAACUUCUAGGAAAAGAAAACGCAGUCUAGAGAAAUUGAUUGCUGAAGAUAGUGGAGAUAAUUUGGAUAGUAUUAUUACUCUUUCUAGUAGGAGCUGUAGAGCGGCCAAGCAGAAAGCAACUGAGAAGCUUAAAAGUUUAAUGGAAAACAGUGACCCACCGCCAGAAAGUAGUAAGGUACCUGAAAAAAAUACAGCCUUAAAUGAAAGUAGAAAAUCACAGGAAAACCAGUCUAAAGAUAUUGUAAAAGAAAAGUUAAAUCUGCAAGGUAAGAAAGUAGAAUCGCAACCAGUUCAACAAAUAGAGCAUCGAUCAAAAUCGGAUGAUUUUCAGUCCAAUGAACAGGAUCUUAAUGUUUUUACGUGUAGAACUGACAUUUUGCAAGAAGAUGCAAAGAAGAUUGAAGAAGAUCGAUUGCGUAAAAUGGACGAACUUAAUAAAUCAAUUGGAUCCAGACCCUUAAAGCUUGAGUUUGUAAACAAAUUAUCUGAAAUGCUUAACAAUGAACAGAAUGAGCAGUUGGCAAUGGAAAAUGUUUCAAUCGAUGUUAAAGUUGAGCCGAAUGACAGUUACUCUACAAAUUCGUCAAUAACACUUGGUAGCACCGAAUAUGUUCACAAUUUCCAGUCACCAACGGUCUUCAGAAGCGAUCAUAUGCACCUAGUGACAAAAAAACCGGUAUUGGAGGAACAACCAACGGUUCAUCAAGCUGAUAUUAAGUUUAAUCAAAACAAACCUAACAGCUUAUUUUCGAAUAUGAUAGAAAAGUUACAAGGUAAAGUUAACGAGGCGGCAGAGAACCAACAAGAGGUAUUAACUCAAACUGAAGAAUCUAUUGGUAAUACUUCGCCUGUGGAUAAUGGUACAACUUCAUCCGUCGUACUUGCCAUGGCUGAUUUAAUAAAGGUGACUAAAAUGGAUAAUGAGUUAAUUUACUCAUGUAUUGCUAAUAAUUGCUACGUAUCUACGAAAGACAAAUUGGUGUUCCAACUGCAUUGCAAAUUUGGACAUAAAAAUUUAAACUUGAAAUCGUCUCUUUGCAGUAAAUGUGGAAUUCUCAUUGAGCCAACUCCAGAUACUACCUUAUUAGAAAAUCUAUACGACCAUUUAGUUUAUGCCCAUUCAGAUUUUCUCAGUAUGGCCGCUAGUCUGCGAAUGCGAAAACUAAGCGGUGAUAAGCUAUCAAUAAAAGAUGAAGAAAAGUUACAUCAACCGUCUGUUGAAAAUGUUGAAAAAGAUCGUGAAAGUACGGCGGAUUAUGCUUAUGAAAAUGAUACUACUAACAAUUCCGCUGGGAAUGAAGAUAGCUGUGCUGGAGAAGCAGUAGAGGUCGCCGAAGACAAUCCGUUUUCAUUUAAAAUUGCAAGUGUUAUGUCAUUAGCUGAGUCUAAUGAUCAACCAACCAAUCCGUCUGAUGAUACACCAGUUACUAACAUUGUGCCGUUAAAUAACGUGCCAACAUUAUCGUUACUUGGGAAACCACCCAUUAAGCAAAAUUCAGCUAUGCCGUUAGUAGUGAAAGAGGCGAAAAUGUCCACCAAUGAACUGAAGAAACCUAAAAAGGCUCCGCGGGUUAUGAAAAAGUUUAUUGCAGCUCCAUUUGACCUCUACAAAUGUCCACAUUUUUAUUGUGGCUUUAGUACAAAUGUACGAAUAUUAAUUACUCGCCACGUGAAAGUUCAUCUGACCCAAAGUAUAGUUGCAAUGGUUCCUUGUGUAUAUUGCGAUAUAAAAACUCCAUGGGAACAUGUUCCAAUGCAUAUUGACAUUCGACAUGCAAACAGUCGAUUUUCUUGUAGUCUAUGCCUUUACAGAGGAAUUUUAAAGGAAUAUGUUGAACUACAUCAAAAAGCAGUUCAUCAUAACGUGCCGUGUUCAAUUAUUACAAUACCAUCGCCCCGGGCUGUAAAAAAGUUUUCUGCAGUAGCUCCAAAGAACAACCUCAGAGUCAUUUGUAAACCGUUUCGCUGCGUUUGUAAAAAUAAGGAAGGUCUUUCAGAAGUCCAUGAAUUUUUAUUGGAAAGAGAUUUCGUUAAUCACAUUAAAACUCUACAUGAUAAUUCAAUUUUGGAGUGCAGCUAUAACGACUGUCUGCAGAAAAUUUCCAGUUCUGAAAUUCUGGAUCAUUGGGCACAUUGUCACGGUGUUUAUAGUUUCCAGUGUGCUUAUUGUCGUGUUAGUGGUAAAGAUCGAUACAUCUUAUACUCGCAUUUUUGGAUGUGUCAUUCCAAUCUGAUGCCAGAUAUAUUAGACAGAACAACCCACCCUGAGUCAAACGAAGAUCUGCGGUAUACAGACGAAGCGUUUAAUCAAAUUCGUCAUAUUAAAAUAGAUGCACUAAAGAAGAUAGCAGCGAACGAAAAUCGAUUAUCAACGCCAACAAAUUCAAGUGCUGCUGGCAAAGAAAUUACAUUUCAUGAUGAAAUACCAGCUGGAUCGAGUAUGUCACAACCAUCGCUUUCAGCAUUACCAAAUUCUUCACCGACCUCAAAUCAGCCAUCUCAGCGUUUGCCACCAACUUCCAAAUUACAGUUGGUUUUAUCCUCCAAGCUCGGAACUAAAGAUAAAAUUUAUAUUGUUCCUGCAUCUGUAGUUUCAGCUACAUCAACAACAACAACUGCUACCACGAACACAACAGUUUCAGCAAUAAAAGCUAGCGAGCAGCCGAAAGGUCCAGUUCGGAUUGGUAACAUUACGAUCUAUCCUGCUGAAUCUGCUUUAUGCAAUCCUCCUAUUAGAAAAAUUCAAUCAUCACAAUCUAAUAUUUCCGCCACUUCUAUGAUAACUCAUUCUACUGAUGCAAGUGCAAAUUUCAAGGUAGUGCCGAUCCAUAAGUCAGUUCGAGCAAGUGGAUUGAGCAAUGAACAGAACACACCAUGUGGUGAAUUAAUCCCGCUAUGUACUCGUAAUUCCGUGAAAAAGCAUGAUUUAUUAAAAUCUGCGAUUGAUAGUAUUCUUACAGAAGCGGACCAAAGGAGUUACGAAUUAACGACUGAGCCAAUGAGUAUUGAAAAAUCUAAGAAUACACUUUCAACUCUAACAGAGCCCAUCAAGCCUGACAUUUUACUGCGUCCAUCAAAUGUUGGUGACGAUUUACAUAAAAUAGAAAGUAUUGCUUCAAUUGAACACAUUGAGAUUGUUGAAAAUUCAACUAUAGAAACCACUAAAGAAUUACCUAUUGCAAGUACUAAUUCUAUAGAUCCACUGUCGGAAAAUCCGUUAACCGAAGAAUCUCCAUUAUCUAAAGACGGACGUUCAGUAAACAAUUUUAAUAAAUUCAGUCCAGGUGCUGAGCCUGCAGUGCUUUUGAAAAUAGGUAAUAUGCACAGAUCAGCAUCCAUGAUUUCCAAUUCAGAUGACGAGUCGGAUUACCUCAGCGCGGAAAAAAAGCAACGGGGUCUUUCAGGACAUGAGCUAUUCCGCUGCAGCACCUGCAAUUUAUCGUUCGUCAAUGUGAAGGCAUUUAAAUCUCAUGUUUUCUCUAGUUUUAAAUGCAAACAAAUCUUGAGAUGUGCACAUUGCCAUAAGCUUUUGAAAUCUUUUCUGCGAUUGACAGAUCAUAUCCUGACUCACGGUUUAGCAAGGUUUUCUUGUUCAUUAUGCGAUGAUAAAUUCACGAUUGCGUCUAUUGCAAGACACCAUAUGAGAUCUCGUCACAGCCUCAAUCAAACGACACUAGUUCCGCUAAUUGCGGAUCAGUUUGACCCGGAGGAAGAUUGUUUUGUAAUAAAACCGAGUCAAGCCACUCCAGGUACGUCAAGAGAAAAAGAUGUUACAAAUGAAACCCCGAACUACACUGGGGACAAUUCGACUUACGCACCUGAUCAGAUUGAUUGUAUACCGAUUAGACAAAUAUUUAGCUCUAACGUGAAAUGUGGGGUUUGUAACUAUCAAACUAAAGUUAGGGUGAAUAUAAUAAGACAUCUUCAAAUGCAUUUGGAUGAGAAAGCUGUAUCCGAUAGUGCACCAGUUAACCCUGUGCCUUGUUUGGAAAAGAACGAGAAGAUGUUCGAUAAAAUGAUAAAUUUUGCUGCAAGUUCAAUAACGACAGGAAGAAUGAGUGGAACUGCAAAAGAUAAAAAAGAUGAGGAAAAAGAAGAAAUUUACCCAGAUUAUGUUCCGACACAUCGUCGAUAUGUGUGCGGCGCUGAAGGAUGCGCCUACCUCUGUCCCGAGGAAAGCAAUUUGAAACAUCAUCUAAUGGCACUGCAUAGUGAUGAUAAUAAUUUUAUCUGUGCACACUGCAAGAUUAAAAUCGAACCAAACGACAUUGAGCACGUUAUGAAGCACUUUAAGAUGCACGGUCUUCACUUAUAUAAAUGCCAUUAUUGUCAUUUUGUUCAUCAUUUGAAACACAAAAUAGAGAAACAUAGUCAAGAUAGCCAUCCAGAUGUUGCAGCUAAAGUCGACACAAUCAGAUACAUGGAAUCUGAGCCUCAAGCUUUCACCUACCAAGAUGAAAUAGCUACGCCGCAUUCAUCUCCAACGAAAUUGAAGCCGUGGUGCUGCUGUAUGUGCAAAUCAAAAUAUAAUACUAGAGAAGACGUUCAGGCACACAUUAUUAGAAAGCAUAAUGUUGAUACUCAGUAUAAAUGUACGCUGUGUGCUUUUAAAAGCGAUGAUGAAGUCGGUUGUCAAGAUCAUUUCAAAGACAAUCAUCCAAAUCACACGUUUGAUAUCGUGCUAAUGUAUCAAAAAGUUGAAGAAGAAAUUAAUGAAGAACAGAAUCGUAUUCGAUUUGAUACAACACCAUUGUGGCAGCGAGAUAAACAUAGAGUGCGACACAUUAGAGGCAUCCUCUUUGACGAUUCAUCUCCUCAGCCGACAAAGUCAGCUAAAAAAAUGAAGACUCAAAACUCAACAAAAACAGCCAACGCUUCGACACCAAAAGCAGUAUCCAGUCCUUCCAAAGACCUAUCAAAUAGUGUAGUAAAAAGUAGUGCAUCAGGAAGCCUGAAGAGCUGUUACCGUAUUUCAGAUAGCACUGCUCGUUCCAAUUUGUGGGACUGUAUCGACGCCGUUGCUAGAGGUUCCGACAGCAUGGUCGACGAUAAUCAGCCUAGCACUAGCGGGUUAUAUCACAAUAAAAAUAUUGAAAGUUUGCCUCCACAAAAAGGUCUAGAUGAACCCGGCACAGAAAAUAUGAAAAUUCCAAAAAUGGAACAACCUGAAGAAGAUGAUUCUGACGAUGUCAUUGAUGUAACACAAAGCCCUAAAGUAAUAGUUAUCGAUUCAGAGGAUAGUGAUCACGAGGAUGGAAAGUCUAUGCAAAGUGACGCAACAGAUAUCAGUGACACUCCAAAUACGACAGACCAAGAGAACAUCUCGGUAUCAAAGAAUCGGACAGUAAAACGAUCGGGAGGAAAUAUAUUACACGAGCCUGCAAAGGUGGCGAAAAUAGAUGAUACGGUUGAAUCUGACUAUGCUAUGGCUAUUUCUUGCAGUAAGGAAAAUCUUGUCAGAUUGUUUGGAGACUUGGGAGAGCCGCACAAUAAGCAAUGGAUGUGUCCAAAGUGUCGUAAAUUUAAAUCGAAAAGAGUGGGCGACUUUAUGUUCCAUAUUUACAAAGACUUUAAUUUAUACAGGUAUAGAUGCAAUUCUUGUAAAGACAUCAGUAUUACAUAUAAAUACAUGCAAGAACAUUUGAAAGUUCAUCCGGGUUGUAAGGAAGAUAUUAUUGAACCACUUGCCACAAAUAUUAAAUUAAAUACAUGGAUUCACAUGGUUAUUCAAAAGCAAAGUGCGCUUAUCUUGAAGAAUACGCCAUUGUUAAAAACUAAUAGUCUUUUAACUGGGCCAAUGGACAUUAAAUGUUUAUUCUGUCCUAAGAAGUUCAUGUCAAUGCCUGAGUGUUGCGAACACAUGCUGUACCAUUGGGUAAUGAUGCCUUAUCAGUGUCAGCACUGUCGAAAUGAAUUUUUUACCAUCUAUGAUUUAAAGCAUCAUCACCACGUCGAACAUCCAGAUGCAAAUAUAUAUUUAGAACCCAAAGGAGCAACCCUGGAGAAAGCGUUACAUUGCAUUGAGAAAACGAAGAAAAAAGCAUUGCCGCCUGCUGAGGAAAUGGAUUUGAGCAAUAAACCUGAACUUAACGAAAAUCCAUCAAAAACCAAAGUCACUAGUGGUGUAAAUAAACGUGCACCGAAAACUCAGAAGCCCUUAAAAAAUGAGCCUAAGGCUGAUGGCGAAGUGGCUGUUAAUCCUGUAAUUAAUCUAGAGGAUGAAGAUGAAUCAAGUGACCAUUCAAAAGCUGAAUCUGCUUCACACACAGACAAGGUUUAUGCUUGCGAGACAUGCGCAUUCUUCACUGAAGAUAAAGCUGAAAUUAUGACCCAUCUAAAAUCGAUUCAUGAAAUUUGUUUUACCAAGUUUCAUAUUCUUAGUAAAUUGAGAGCCGAUAGUGAAUUUGUACCGAAAAUGGCAUGCAAUAUUUGUGAAGAUAUUUUCAGCGAGUUAAAUUUAAGACGACACUUUUUGGAAGUUCAUAGAGACGAGCAGCUCCUAUAUGCUCCGUAUAGAUUUAAAUGCAGCCUAUGUACCGCCAGGUUUUAUUCCAAAGCCAAGAUGAAUAGUCAUUUCGUUACGGUUCAUGGCAUAUCUCGAGUAAAUUUUCAAACAGUGGGAAACAAAAAAACAGGAAUCACCCGAAAAGCUAGAUACAAAGAGUUCUCGUGCACGCUAUGCAAUUUCGUGACAUGUUCGGCUACAACAGUACCCAUAAGGUGGCAUCUAAGAGGGCACUUGAAGCCUAUAUCAUGUAACUAUUGCAGUGCUCGAUUUCAAAAGCAAGGAGAAUAUUCUUUGCAUUGCCAGAGCGCUCACGAGGGCUGCGACGAAUCAUAUACGGUUUUAAAUGAUGUUAUGAACGAAUUGUCCGAAGCAAUGCGAACCAUAAUUACUAAUGCUAUACCAAUAUUGCCUGAGCCUUCGAAAUCAGCAAAAAAAAAGAAUUUUGCUAGAAAGUCCACUUCUGCUCUAUUACAGCGUUGUUCAGAUGACGAAAAAUGCAAUAGCACUUUGGAUUUGUCUUCUAUUUCAACCACUUUUCAUUUGAAUGAUUUGGAGUAUACUACCACCGCACAGGAAAUGAUGAAGAUUGUUAACAUGGAUACAUAUGUAGAUAUGAGCGAUUGUACAGUGGAAGUAUUGAAAAUUGACAGAAUUAUCGAUGACGCGUGGCCACUUUUAAAAGAUUGAAAUCGUUGCAGUUCAACACCGCUCCAGUGGUUAUAUUAAAUGAAAACAACUAUAGUUCAAAGAAAUUCAAAAAGUGCAUUGAUUGUAUUGUUUUGCUAGUGUUCUUGAUUAGAAGAGAAGUAUGGCAACAUCUUACCGUCUAACUGUGAUUUAUAUAAUAAUUUAAUAAUAUUGAACAUUAUGUAAAUAAUUUUUAAGGUACUAAGUUAAAGAAAACAGCUGUUAAGACUAAAAUUAAGUAUCUAGUUGGUUAAGUUUCGUUUGGUGAUUUUUAUUUUGAUUGCGCAUUUUGAACAUGGAAGUAUGUUUCUA